ACAUUGAACAUAAUAACAUACAGUUGAGUGGCGACGGCGGACGACGGUCGAUCACCGCGCGUUGGCGUUUUCAUUUAUUUUCAUCAGAAAAGUUCGUUUUAACGUAUUCCCCCCCGGUCGACUCGCCCGCUGCCGCGGAAAACUUGCAAAGCACUCCGACCGAACACAUAAUAAUAUUAUACAAACGUCAUAAUAAUAAUAUUAUACAACACGCGUGUUCAGGGUUUUUGGCGGAAAUCGAUUUUUUUUUUAUGUUGUUGUCGUCGUCGUUCCGUCCUCGUUUCGCGUUUAUAUAUAAUUAAUAUAAUUACGGUUGCACCUACCACUUGCCUGCCUGCCUGGUCGUCCACAUAGGGCCCAUUUCGAUAUUACAUAAUACCUUAUUCGGACUACGCCGGACUGACUCGUGAUGACACGUUGUUUAUUGCCACCGGUGGUGCGCCCCUAGUCGUCGAGUUUCUGAAAUAAUAAAAUAAAAUCAUCGUCGUCGUCGUCGUCGAACGAGUCAUUCACGAGCUUCACUGCACACGCAGACAGUGCGACGGCGCCUGUGUGUGAUGCUGUAAAGGUAGCGAUUCUCGAAGUUCACGAUUUUUCCUCCGUAUCCGCGCGUCGUUAUUCUGUCUCUCUCCCGAGAUGGUCGACCACGCCAAGUGUCACCGGACCGAGAACAACAACGAAGAAGUGCAGACCACGGGACGAGCGCUGCAAUCGUUCCCGAAAAAGCCCGAAGUCCACUUGUCGUUUGAAAGUCUCACCUACACCGUGAAUACCUACAUAAACUUGAAAAAAGUGAAAAAGGAGAUUUUGCACGGCAUUGGCGGCAGUUUCCGGUCCGGACAACUAACGGCUGUCAUGGGACCGUCGGGCUGUGGCAAGAGCACAUUACUCAACGUACUCGCCGGAUACUCGAUAAGCGGAAGUUCAGGCAAAGUGUAUUUGAACGACUCGUUAAGAGAUAAAAAUCAAAUGGCGAACAUCAGCUGUUAUAUACAGCAGGACGAUUACGUUCGCGACCUGUUGACCGUCAGGGAAUCAAUGACGAUAGCGGCUCACCUCAAGUUACCAACAACUGUGUCGGCGAAAUCAAAAGCCAGCCAAGUGGAGGACCUGCUGGACGCGUUGGGGCUAUCCAUCCAUGGAGACACCGUUACUAAAAGGCUCUCCGGAGGUCAGAAAAAGAGACUGUCAAUCGCCUUAGAACUUAUAACCAACCCGUCGAUAUUAUUCCUAGACGAGCCCACCUCUGGUUUAGACAGCCAAUCUUGCAGCCAAUUCGUUUCGCUGAUGGCCGAAUUAGCACACAAUCAAAGCCGUACCAUGGUCUGCACACUGCACCAGCCCAGUGCUUUACUGUUCGAAAAGUUUGACCAAGUUUAUGCGUUGAGCUCGGGCCGGUGCAUCUACCAAGGGCCACCCAGCUCAGUCAUUCCUUACUUUGCCGAACGGUUAGUCGUAUGUCCACCGUACCACAAUCCAGCUGACUUUUUGAUCGAAGUGGCCAUAGGUGAAUAUGGUACCGACGUACUCGUCGGAUUGUUCGAUACAACAAAAAUCACGAACACAAAUGGUCGCAACGGGUAUCAUACAAUUUGUGACGAAGACCACGAAGAAAUAGAACUAGAAAUUCGCCAGGAAGACAACAAUACCAAUGACGAACAAUCGCUGUAUAAAACAGAGCUUUUAAAAAAGCCCCCGUUUUAUGUACAGAUCUAUCAUUUAUAUUUUCGAAACGUUACCAUGUACAAACGCAACAAAACUAACCUGCUGUUGCGGAUCGCCGCCCAUUUGGCCGUAGCCCUCAUAAUGAGUUACAUGUACCUCGGAGUGGGCAACGACGCUGCUCAAGUGCUCGCCAACAUGAAAUUCGUGUACGGCUCCAAUUUGUUCUUGGUCUACACCGGUCUGAUGGCCGUCAUCGUUUCUUUCCCAUUGGAGUACAUGAUCUUGAAGAGGGAGCACUUCAACGGUUGGUACACGCUUUUCUCGUACUUCAUAUCCGUAUUGCUGGUCGAAAUACCGCUACAGACCUUGUGUUGUCUCGUCUACAUCGUACCGGCGUACGCGAUUACCGGCCAAUCGUUGGAACUUGUGCGAUUCGGUUACUUCGCCGUUUUCCUGACGGUAACUUCCCUCACGUCGCAGAGCGUAGGAUUCCUGUGCGGUGCCACUAUGCCGUUGAAGAUGUCUGUGUUCGUUGGACCAGUAUUUGUGGUGCUACUAUCCGUGUUCGGGUUCGCGAUAAGGUUUCCGGACAUACCCUCCAUGUAUGUGUGGCUCCACCAUUUCAGUUUCAUCAGGGCGUCAUUUCAGAGUAUCUUGUAUUCGCUGUACGGCCUCGACAGGGGCGUUUUACCGUGCUCCGACGAGAUGUACUGCCACUACAAAAAUCCAGUGAAGUUUCUCACCGAAAUGGAAUUCGCCCGAGUGAACAUUUAUUCCGAAUUUUUCUACUUAUGCUCCUUUUUGCUGUGCACUUACGUGCUGACAACAACUGUCAUAUGGUACAGACUGAACAAACGUUAGAUCUCACUCAAAACGACCAAACCUGCAAUAGAAUUGACGAGGUCUUAUAUUUGUCAAAAAUGUGGUUUUUUUUCUGAUAUGUAUCAUAUAUGUAUUAUAAUAUGUGAUAGUUGUUUAUGUGUGAAGUCACUUUUUAAUGAAAUUAUUGUAUUAAAUCACAAAAAUAUAAAUUAUUCGAUCACAUAUUAUAUAGGUAUGUAUGUGAAGAUCAAAUUAUUAAUUUACAAAACCCUCUUAAGAGGACGCUACCCAUUAAUUUUUUGUCUCCGUCAUAUAAACGGCAAAUAAUGUAUCAAAUUUUUGUUCGCUAGUUUCAAUAGUGUGCUGUUAGUUUUGAUAUUGGAGUGA